AUAACAUGAACCACAUCUUUGCCAAGAGGACCGCCGACCGAUAAAAACAGACAGAGCUUUGCUGAAUCAAAUGCGUUUGUUAAAGGUUUGGUCUGCAAGUCCAAACAGAAACAAAAGGCUAAUUCAUUUGAACUGGAAUAUUUAGAGCUGACUGCUCUUCUACUAUUCAUCCUAUCAACAGAAACAUUGGACAGCAUUUUGAUGAUGAUCCCACCGGGUGACUGCUUAUACGCCGGCAGGAAGAGAAGAAAACCGGUUCAGAAACAGAAACCCACGUCGUCGAGCCAGAAGACCAACCCGUCCAAGCGUCACAGGGACCGUCUGAACGCCGAGCUGGACCGCCUGGCCAGCCUGCUGCCCUUCUCUCCAGAGGUCAUCUCCAAGCUGGACAAGCUCUCCGUGCUGCGCCUCAGUGUGUCCUACCUGCGGGUCAAGAGCUUCUUCCAAGCUAUCCAGGAGAAGCCAUGCAGGAAGGCUGUGUUGGAGCCCCAGGCAGGAACUGCCCACCACGACCCAGGGAAGGAGCACCAGACGCUGGGCGCUGGUCUGAUGGAGAGUGACCUCCUGCUGGAGUCUCUCACAGGCUUUGCCUUGGUGGUGAGCACAGACGGCCUGAUCUUCUACGCCUCCUCCAGCAUCGUGGAUUACCUGGGGUUCCACCAGACUGACGUCAUGCACCAGAACGUGUUCGACUACAUCCAUGUGGAGGAGAGACAGGAGUUCAGACGGCAGCUCCACUGGGCCAUGUGCCCCUCACCGCAGGGGGGCGAGGCCCACGACCACCCCCCAGCCACCGCCACCGGUGAGGACUUUGUGGUGGGCGGUCUGUUCAGUGCCCAGGAGCCAGACGGGGUCCCUGUGGAGCUGACGGCCUUCCUCACGCGCUGCUUCAUCGCCCGGGUUCGCUGCCUGCUGGACAGCACCUCCGGCUUCCUGAGCAUGCAGUUCCAGGGCAGUCUGAAGUUCCUCCAGGGCCAGAAGAAGAGGACCGACUCUGGGGCUUUGGUGCCCCCCCAGCUGGCUCUUUUCUGCGUGGCGGUGCCCCUCGUGAUGCCCUCCAUCACUGAGCUCAAGCUCAAGGGCAUGACAGUUAGGAGCAAGAACAAGGGCCCUGUCUCCACCACUCUGGAACGCAGUGAGAAGAGGCAGCGCUCACGAGGGUCAUGUGACAGCAGUGACUUCCUGCUCCUCAACUGGUCUAGCUCCGCCCCUCCCAGGGACCCCUGUCAUUACACCCCCUGGACGCCCCUCUCCAAAGACGGCCUGCGCUACCGUAGCAACGAGGGCUACUACCCCCAGGACGAGCCCCUCAACUUCUGCCUGUCCUCCAUGGGGGGGCCCAAGGCCCAGAGCCCUGUGGUGGACCCCUCCUGGGACAGCAUCCGGACCCCCUCCGCCUCCCGCAAAGCCCCCAGCGGGAGCUACGUCCCGGGCCGCCAGGGUAAGUACAACCCCCUGGGAAAGUCCGGAAGCUUCCGGAUGUCUCCCGCCGGGUACAGCGACGGCAGCAGGCAGGAGGCGUCUCAGAGCAAGCUGUACGCAGACGUGGAGGCUUUCUGCGACGACGGAGGGCUGAAGGGGGACGUCAGGUACAUGGGCCACCUGGACUGCUACGGCGGCAUGGUGCUGCCCGAGGCGGCCAUCAAGACGGAGCAGGACUCCGACUCGGAGAACGGCGGGAACCUGUAUGGCCUCGCCCACAACGGCUCGUGGGGCGGGGCGGCGGAGAAGCAGCAGGCGCCGCGCUACGCCCCGGCCUAUCAGGAGCAGCCGCAGGUGAAGACGGAGGCGGGCUUUUACGAGGAGUACUCCAACUGCCACCGGGACAAGAGCCGGAUCAGCCCCCCCCUCAACGGGCAUCACAAGUACCUGUAUGCAGCAGCAGGGGCCCUCCGGCUGCCCAGGUGUGCCCUGAACAAGGACGUGGGCCAGUUCAGUCCCCACAGGGCCCCCCAUCCAGAACCCCUCUGCAGCAACCAGGGAGUGAACUGUCUGGACAACCACGUCUACGGAAACGGCAGUGUGGAGCACAAGGGCUACCUGCAGCCGGAGGACAAACUGGGCUACGAGUUCCGUGGGAACGGUCUGGUUCACUCCAUAAAGAGAGAGCCCAUGGACUCCCCGCCAUGGUCUGAUGGCAGUUGCCAUGACAUCAGCCAGAUGCCCUUGCAGAGAAGGGCGAUCCCUAACUGUGCUAUGAAUGCUCUGGUGCACAAAUCAAACCCGUUUAUAUACAUGCAGUAAAAAGGCACACCAACCCUUUUGUGGUCUCAACCAUGCCUCUUUUGUGUUAUAUCAAAAGGUUGAUUGGACUCUUUUAACUCAGGUAAACAGCAGUUACAUAAUCAAAGAAAGCCUAUGAGAGACAUUGUUGUAUGUAACUGUGUACACACACCCCACACCUUAGAUAUAUCACUAUCUUUUUCAGUUUUGUGUUUGUGAAAUAUGUAUUGUUUAGCUUGUCUUGAUUGGUCGAAUCUAAAUGGUACACAAAGGAUGUAAAAUUGUGUUUGGAUAUAUUUUUUAAUGUGCUUAUUUAUGUUUACUCACACUGAAAAGGGUGGCAUAUUCAGUGGAUUGUUGUAGUAUAAAGCAGUGCUCCCAACCAAUAUAAUUUUAGUUAAAUUACACACAAGUUAUUACACACCCUUUGUAAAUAACUCAAAUAGAUAUCAUUGAUUUAAGUGAUCCAAUAUUUUGGUCAUUAUACA